ACUGCAGCAAACCUGCAGCGAGUACCAGGCUCUCCACAGUCCAUACUCGGGCUCUCAUGCAUUCGACGUUGCCAAAAGCUGUAGCAGGUCUGGGCUACUAGGGCGCGUAUUGACUGCGGAGUCUUCUCGUCUCUCUCAGACCCCCCUUUCCCACUUCCCUCCCGGUCAUCGAUAAGUUUCUCCCGCUCCACCAGCCCAUGCUGUGGAUUGUGUUUAGUUGAUGCUCGUGGUCGCAGUCGGCGUGCGAUCAGAAGUCGACGUUUCGCUCCUGGCUCAGAGGGUUGGUAGACGUUUAGUUCAUGAGGGAUUGACGAUAUCCGUGAAGUGAAUGUUGUGCUCCAUUUGGCUUGAGGUAGCUAGUCAACUCGUUAGUCGCGGUUGAAUCAGCAUUGACCCCCACAGACAGGGAUUCAUAUAGUUAGUUCCGUAGAGAGCAACAGACACUGGUACAGUUCUGCAGUGGUUACUUCUCGUUUUUGAGGCACUGCAGGAUGGUUGCGAGGAUGGAGGUGAGGAAAAUGAGGAAGGUUAGGAAGUACGACUUCCCGAUAGUGGGGGAGUGCAGCUCAGGGGAGCAUCGGAAGAGUGAGACUGUCAUUGCGGACUUGGAGGGGGCACUUAUGAGAGCAAGAUCAUCUUUCCCCUACUUCUUCCUGAUCGCGUUUGAAGCGGGUGGGUAUUUCCGGUCGCUGAUGCUUCUCCUCAUGGUGCCUAUGAUUUUGUUUCUCUACAACUUUGUAAGCGAGGCGUCGGGAAUUCACCUUAUGAUUUUCCUUACAUAUGCGGGGCUGAAGGUUAAGGACAUUGAGGGCGUGUCACGCGCCGUGCUCAUCAAGUUCUAUGCCGACGACCUCCACUCCGAGACAUGGCGAGUGUUCUCCAGCUUCGGCAAACGGGUGGUGCUGACAGCGAGCCCGCGCAUUAUGGUGGAGCCUUUCUUGAAAGAACUGCUUGGCGUGGAUGAGGUAAUAGGGACGGAAAUUGAGGUGAACAAGUGGGGUCGCGCCACAGGCUUCCUGAAGAAGCCCGGUGUGCUGGUCGGAGCUAAGAAAGCUGAGGCCUUGAAGCGAUGGAGCAUGGGAGGAGAGCGCACCCAUGUAGGACUUGGAGACCAGGUUACUGGAUACCCAUUCAUGGCUUUCUGCAAGGAGGGGUAUGCCGUCCCUCGAACGAAAGUUGAAGCUGUCAGAAAACAAGACCUACCAAAGCAGCUCAUCUUUCACGACGGUCGGCUGGUUCAACGCCCAACGCCUCUCAAUGCUCUUAUUGUUCUCACAUGGAUGCCCCUGGGCUUCCUCCUCUCGAUCUUUCGAGUCACGAGCGGCGUGUGGCUACCAUUAAAAUAUAUCCCCGUUUUGUACAAACUAACCGGUGUCAAGCUAAUCAUCAAGGGCAAAGUUCCCCAAGCUCCCAAGAACGGGGAAUCGGGCAUCCUCUAUGCCUGCAAUCACCGCACUCUCCUUGACCCAGUGACCGUCGCCAUUGCUUUGGGCCGACCCGUUCCCGCAGUGACCUACUCCAUAUCCUGGAUAUCGGAGGUACUAUCUCCCAUGCCAACCAUUGCCCUGUGCCGUGACCGGGAGAAAGACUCCGAAAACAUGCGCAACGUCCUCAAGCAGGGUGAGUUAACCCUCUGUCCUGAAGGCACAACCUGCAGGGAGCCAUUCCUGCUACGAUUCUCGGCUCUUUUCGCCGAGCUGAGUGACCGGAUCGUACCGGUCGCAGUCCGCACCCAGAUGAACAUGUUCCAUGGCACCACUGCUCGCGGCAAUAAGGCCAUGGACCCCUUCUUCUGCCACAUGAACCCGCGGCCAACUUUCGAGAUCCACUUUCUGAAUGAAAUUCCGCGAGAGAUCUCUUGCUCUGCAGGCAAAUCUUCCUUUGAAGUCGCAAAUUAUAUCCAACGGGUGCUUGCCGGAAGCCUCGGUUAUGAGUGCACACAUCUCACCAGGAAGGAUAAGUACAGGCUGCUAGCAGGGAACGAUGGGAUUGUGCCGGCGAAGGAGACGAAAAAAUUAUGGUGAUUGCGAAGCCGAUCUGAGCAAUUAAUUACGGUUUAGUCAUUUGAUUUGGGAAUGGUUUGGUAUUAUAUCAAUUAAUUCAUGUUAGAUGAUGGAUGUGUAGAUGAGGGGUUAACCCCCUGAGCAUUCACGCUAGAUGCCACAAGUCAAUAAUAUUAGGAUUUGUAGUGUUGGAGUACAUAGCUGCUGGAGCUCAAACUGGUUCAAUUAGGAAUGGUACUCUGAUCUAGUACAUUUGUAGGAGAGAGGAAGUAAUAACGUUGGGCGACUGCAGGAUAACCUAGAGACUGGCGCUGAAUGUCGCCAGGAUUGUCGGCUGCUGAAUUGCUUUGUAUACUAUAGCGUCUGAAUUAGCGAUUUGAGUUUUCCCUUUUGGGCCUCCAAUUA